ACAGCUGAUUAACCUAAAAACUUUCGUGGAAAUUGGAAUUUCACAGAAAUGAAAAAUGUUAUUUGAAAUAAUAUACUAUGUGAGCCAUACUGAACCAAUAAAAGAUUUUCGUUUAUCCAGGUGUUUGUAAGCUACGGAAUUCUAAAGAUGGAGAAAAUUGUUAAGUUUAGUACUACGAUUCGGAACAAUUGGAAAAAAUCUGUUGUAGGGGCCUGCGCAUUGGUUUAUGGAGCCUCGGUAGCCAAAGAAAAAUACGAAAUCAAUAUUCUUAUGAGAGCAGCAUGCAAGGAAGCGGCUCAGUAUGGAGAUGCAUUAAUACCCAUGGAGCGUAAUCCUACUGUUGUAACUGUGAUCCUAAAUCCAGUUGCUAAUAAGAGAUCAGCUAAAAAGGACUUUGAAAAAUAUUGCGAACCACUACUGCAUCUCGCUGGGUUGCAAGUUGAUGUUGUGCAAACAGCUUCAGAGGGUAAUGCAAAGGAAAUUGUAGAGACAUUGAAGGGCACAGAGGCGAUAAUCGUAGCAGGAGGUGAUGGGACUUUAUCAGAGACUGUUACAGGUCUCCUUCGCAGAAAUGAUGAAGCCAAUCGUUUUCCACUUGGUGUUCUUCCCCUCGGCCGCACUAACAAGCUCGGUAACAGCUUAUUUCCUGGUGGAUCAGAUAAUGUGGAUAAAGUGAAACAGCUCAUUGAUGCUUCAAUGGCUAUAAUCAAAGGCAACACUGAAUGGAAAGAUGCUCUCAAAAUAGAACAAAUAACAGAGGGUGAGGAAACCCCAAGGCCAAUCUUUGCCUUAAGUUCAAUAGAAUGGGGUGCUUUUAGGGACACAAUGGCCAAGAAAGACAAAUACUGGUUCACUGCAGGUUUAAGAUAAUAUGCCACAUUUCUAUUUAAUGGUUAUAAGGACUCUAUUACUUGGAAUUGCAGUGGCAUACUGAAAUACACACCGCCUUGUGCUGGAUGUGCUAACUGUGUUCCAAAAAAGCCGGAGCCUAAACGAAAAUGGUCAUUCUUCAUUCCCAGCACACAAGCUGCAACUGUAAACCCAAAAGAGGUUAAUCCAGAAUGCUUGAAAACAGAGGAGUUGUGUUUCAAGACAGCAGAGUUUAAAAUAGAAACAGCUGCAGACAAACAGGAGAAGCCCUCUUUGAAAAUAAUACUGGGGAAGAACAACUAUUCGUAUUCACAGUUUGUUAGUGAAGGUUGGGACAGAUUGAAAAACAAGCCAGAGGUUAAAGAAGUUAUUUCUGCUCGAACAGUGGUGCUGAUGCCACAGGACCCAGGUAAAGAAGUCACCAUAGAGAUUGACAAGGAAGAAUUUGAGUUAAAACCCGUUAAGGUAACAAUACUACCCAAAGUUGUUAAAUUGUUUUGUUUACAGUAAAUGUGUGAUAAAACCUGG